CUCAUGAUGGUCUGUCACUUAAUUGUUGUAAACCGAAACAUUGAUCGCGCUUUCAAGUGGCCCCUUUAUCAAGGUUGGGGAAUAUGUACUCCUCAUAAGUGGACUCUAGAAAUGGUUGUAUAAUUGCUAAACAGUAAAAGUAUCGCCUGGACGUUGAACUAGAGACUAGCUAUCAGUAGUGUCAUUAGAAUCUAUCGAGAUGGGAUUCAUGCGAGGGGUUAUUUUUCUGGUUCUUGUAACAUUUCAAAACCUGGACCCUACUGAUGCUGUUGCAAUAUUGACACCUCCGAGGUUCGAUCAUGGUAUUGCCGGCUUAGAUACAGAUCGCCCCCUGAUCGUGGCGCACAGAGGCAGUUCGGGGAUGCUUCCAGAGCACACUGUGGCUGCAUACGAGCUGGCGGUUAGACAAGGCGCCGACGUACUUGAAUGUGACAUGUGUCUUACCAAAGACCUUAGGAUAGUAUGUCUACACGAAAGCUGGAUCAAAUCUGCAACUGAUGUUGAGAGUAAACCAGAGUUUGCAAAUAGGAAGACAACGAGAUUGGUUGGCCUGACACAUGUAGUUGAUAACUGGUUCUCCGUUGACUUUACAUUGAACGAACUGAAAACGCUUAGAAAGAAGCAACAACGUUCAUACCGGGACAAAAAUUUUGACUUGCAAUUUCCAAUACCAACACUGCAGGAAAUGAUAGACGUCAGCAAAAACGCAUCCAGGGUGAUCGCCAUCCAUGUAGAAACCAAAGAUCCAGAUUGGGUUAACAGUUUAGAUAUUGUUGAGAAUGCGAAUACAACAUUUGAGGACCUCUUAGUUGACGAGUUGGAAAGGAAUGGAUAUACUGAAAAAAAUUCCCCCGUGUUUCUACAAUCUUUUAGUUUAGACAGUAUAGAAUAUUUGGCCAACAGAACUAAAGUCCCACUCGUGCUCCUGUUAGCAGCCUUUAAUGCUACGGAUGGGGAGCUGAGGGAAUGGUCCACGUAUAUGUACGGUAUAGGGCCCUCCAAAUCCCUAAUAGUGUAUGGGAAAGACCCUUUAGGUGGCAGCAAACAGCCGAUAGGUGGAGUAAGUAACUUGGUGGCCCGAGCGCAUGCGCAUGGACUGAAGGUACACACGUAUACACUCAGAAACGAAGAUCGUUUCUUGUUAUGGGAUUAUGGUCAAGAUCCGUAUCAAGAAUACGAGAAACUCCUUUCAGUUGGUAUAGAUGGCAUGUUUACCGAUUUUCCAUUAACUAUGAAACGAUAUCUUGAUGGAGUUUAUAAUAAAACGGCACCCCAACCAACGACCACGUGCCCACCAACCUCCGGAGGUCAAACAUUGAACUCUCAUAUAUCAUAUAUGUAUUAUUAUAUAACAUAUGCUGCCAUGGUUGCUUCAUACGUUAACACUUCAUAACUUGUACUCAUCAUUAUUCAGCUUGAAAUAUUACCCUAAAUACUAAUGGAUCGUAUCAAUAAUUUCUCUAAUUGUUUACCUAAGUUGCGUAAACUAGGCAUGUUGGACUGUUGUCACCUAACUUACAAUCAGGAUGUUUUACACUUUAAAAAACAAUUAUCAAAUAUAAAUGCUAAAUUGAUACAAAAUGAUGCCGUCAUUUUGUAUUAACCCUUGUAUUGUUUAUCUCCCACGUUUAUUAAUCUUAAGAUAAUGACACUUUACAGGUCUGAUAUCUCAAAAUGUUUCUUUAACGAGAAUACACGUUAACUGCAAAAUUA